AUGUAUUAUCCAACUUGUUAACCAUAUUAAUCUUGUCAUAUUCCUUUAACUUAAUGUGUGACUAAAUAACAAUGUUUAGUUUAAACUACUUAACCUGAUAUUAAUGGAGCUAUCAUUAAUGAAAGAGAAUAAUUAAGAAUUUAAUUGAUGGAAUUAGAAGACAGAUAUCACAUUGAUAUUGAAGAAUUAAAAAUCAAUCUAUUAUCAGAAAGUGAAAGAAUAUUAGUAUUAUACAUUUUAUUAUAUUUUUAGUAAAAGUCUUUAAAUGAAUUAGUUUAAACAUAUGAACCAUAAAUCAAUUAAAAAGAUUCUAUAAUUAAUACAUUAACAUAAAAGUUGUAAACUGCAGAAAAUACAUUAUAAUAAGUUUAAGCAGAAAAUUUGAAAUUUAAAGAAGUUAUAUUUAAAAAAAAGGAUAAAAUCAAAUAUUAUAAAUAAGAAAUGGAAAAUCAAAAUAAUUUUCAUAUUUAAAAAUUAAAUGAAUAAGAAUAAUUUUGGAGAGAAAGAUUAAAUAAAGAAUUAGUAUUUUAUUAUAUCUAUUAUUAAUAGAAUCAAUAAAAAUAAUUAUUGUUUUAAGAAUUUUAAUUUGAAAAGAAAUCUUUAGAAGAUUAAAUUUAUAAAUUGAAAAGUCAAUUAGCAUAAUUUGAUGAAAAAUAUUAAUAAAUUUUAUUUGAAUUAGAAGUAUGAUAUUUUAAUAUAAUAAAAUAGAAAAUAAAAUAAUAAUUAUAAGAGAAAACAUAUGAAUGUGAAGAAUGGAAAUCAAAAUGUAAAAGAUUGGAACAUAUAGAAUCAAUAAAACCAUAAACUUUAGAUCAUUCUCCAUCUAGAGAUAGAAUAUUAGAAUAAAGAAUAGAAUAAUUAGAGAGAGAGAUUAGAGUAAAAGAUGCAAAAUUAGCUAAGAAAAAAGAUAAAGUUUAAACUAUUAUAUAACAUGUACCAUAAUAAGUGAUUGUGGAAAAACCUAUUGAAAGAAUAAUAGAAAUUGAAAAGAUUGUUCCAGUUGAAAGAAUUAUAAGAGAAAGAGUACCUGCAAGAUAACCUAUUGUUGUUUAAUAAAAUGUUUAAAAGAAGAUAGAAAGUGAAUCAGAAGAUGAAGAAUUAAUUGAAGAAAUUAGAGUUUUGAAAAGAAAGAUUGUAGAAUUACAAUAAGUAAUUGCUAAUCUUAAAAUUUAAUUGGAGGAUUCUCUUAAUGAAAGAGAUGAUUUGUAUCAAUUUCAAUCUAAGUAGAUAACAUAAUUAUGAGAUUCUCUUAGCCAAAGUAAAAUAACUUGAAGAGUUAUUACGUAGUAGAAAUAGAGAACUAUAAGAUAAAGUCACUUCUUUAUAGCAUAUAAAAAAAGAUGAAGAUAAAAUUAUUGUUCAUGUUAAUCAAGGUAAAAAUAAGACAAGUCAUGUUGUUAAAAAAUGA